AUGGAUAAAUCAUGGAUUUCCUCUAGUAGAUUAUCAAAUGCAUAUGAUGAAGGUGUGAAUGCUUUUCUAGAGUUUGCACAAACUAAUAAUCCAAAGUUAGAUGUUAUUCCAUGCCCUUGUGUAAAUUGCAUCAAUUUGUGUCACCACUCAAUUGACAAUGUACGUUAUCAUUUGUUUGCCCACGACUUCGAUGAGAAUUAUAAGAUUUGGUCUUUCCAUGGAGAAAAACAACCCAAUAGUGAUUCUAGAUGCCCUAACAAUUCCAUUCCUCCUGAUGCUAUUUAUACAAAGGAUAUGCUUCAUGAUGCCUUCAAAUACGUAGACGAUGAACCUGAUUCGUUGAAAUCACUUCUUGAAGAGUGUGAUAAGCCACUUUAUGUAGGGUCAAAGUAUAAUGCACUUAGUGGAUUAUUGAAAUUCCAACAUUUGAAGGGUCAAUUUGGAUGGUCUGAUGCUAGUUUUGAUGCUUUGUUGUCUGUCCGAAAAGAUAUCUUACCAUCAAACAAUACCAUCCCUAGCUCGAUAUAUAAGUCCAAGAAGUUGCUAAAAGGAGUAGGUCUACAAUAUGAGAAGAUUCAUGCAUGUGAAAAUGAUUGUGUUCUAUUCUGGAAAGAACAUAAAGAUGCUUCUCAAUGUCCAACUUGUGGCACUUCUCGUUGGAAGAAGAAUUCCAAAAACAUACCUUCAAAAGUUUUGUGGUAUUUUCCUAUCAUCCCUAGAUUUAGAAGAAUGUUUUCAAUACCACAAAUUGCACAUGACUUAACUUGGCAUGCACAAGGUCGGAUCAAUAAUGGGAAGCUUACUCAUCCUCGCGAUACCCCUUCUUGGAAGCUUGUUGAUAACACGUGGAAAGAAUUCGGACAAGAAAAACGAAAUCUUAGAUUAGCCUUGUAUGCUGAUGGUAUCAAUCCACACAAGUCAUUAAGUUCCAAGCAUAGUUGUUGGCCGGUUAUCCUAAUAACAUAUAAUCUACCCCCUUAUUUGUGUAUGUCAAGAAAAUUCAUGAUGUUGACUCUGUUGAUAUCCGGGCCAAACCAACCUGGUAACAAUAUUGAUGUCUACUUGGCACCAUUGAUAGAAGAUCUAAAGCUCUUGUGGGAAACUGGCGUUGAGACGUUUGAUUCUCAUAAGAAAGAAUACUUCAAUUUAAGAGCAAUAUUACUUUGGACUAUAAGUGAUUUUCCCGCGUAUGGUAACCUUUCGGGGUGUGUUACUAAAGGUUAUUAUGCUUGUCCAAUAUGUUCAAAGAAUACUUGUUCACAAUGGUUGCCAAAGUCCGAAAAAGUAUGCUUCCUUGGGCAUAGAAGAUUCCUACCACUUGAACAUCCUUUUCGCAAAAGAAAAAAAAAUUUCAACAAUCAACAGGAGCACGAUUUUAUGCCACAACCAUCAUCAGGUGAAGAGAUUUAUGACUAUCUGGCGGGAUUUGAGACUACAUGGGGGUAA